AAAACUGCCACUGUGGUAGCCCACUGCAGACGCGAAAAUGGACUUAUCAAGUUCAGUGGACGACCACUAGACCAGAUGGAGCCUAAAAUGUUCCGUGUUAAGCUUCAAGAGCCAGUAAUGUUACUGGGCAAAGAAAGAUUUGAUGGGGCUGCGUGGUCUCGUUUGAUAUCAGUGUGCGUGUCAAAGGAUGCAGUCACAUACCACAGAUCUAUGCAAUCAGACAAGCAAUUUUUCCAGGCCAUCAAAGAGAUCAGCGAUGUCUUGAUCCAAUGUGACACAUCUCUGCUGUUAGCAGAUCCUCGUCGUUGCGAACACAAUGGUGGUCCUGGAGCUCGUGCCAGAUACCAGAAAUCUGUCCGUUAA